CGCAGUCUCUCCCGCAGAAAACAACAUUCCCGCACGGCCAGGACCCGCAGCCCCGCCGCUCGGCUCGCCACGCACGCCCUCGGCAUCGACAACACGACCCGCGGCGGUUCCGUCCGACACGGACUGUAGCAGCACUGGAGUUAGCUGUGAUCGGCUAGGAACCAGCUGCCCAGCUAGCGGCCCAAUGAUGUUUGAGCGCCGACGGUUUCUACCGAAGCAUCAUCUGACAGGACGAUGCAUGACCAGAUGUACCACUCUGACUACGGCGUAGACUUUCCUGACCUCUGCUUCCAUAUCCCCGGCAGCCCUGCAGGACCGGCUCCAGAAACCACAGUCUGAGAAAAACGCCCCUCAACAAGCCCCACUCCCAGCUCGUCUCGCACCUGCCUCUGCAGCGGCAGCUCCAGCUCCGCUCGGACCAUGGACAGCCCUCCCAAACUCUCCGGGGAGACCUUGAUCGUGCAUCACAUCCCCUUGGUGCACUGUCAGGUGUCAGGGGGGCGGCAGGGCGGCUGCGGGGGCUCACUGAAGAGGACUAAUCCAUUUAGCCCGCCGGAGAACCUGGGUUUGAGUCGGACUACAUCCCUCCCGGAGAGAGACGUCCUCCAGAGAGAGGCUCUGCUCUACAACAGCCUGAUCCAGACCUCCAGCGGCUCCUGGGCCUCCAACAACGGAGGAAAAGAGAGGAAGAGUGGAGGGAGAGGGGGCAGCACAGCCAGCGACGAUUCGUCAUUUACCUCCAGCAAUUCGGACGACCACCCGGUUACAGCUCACACGUUGCCCAGAGCCAAACCCAGGAGCAGGAACCCGUUUCGUCAGAACCCCUUCCUGCUGAACACGGAAGAUGAGGAAGAGGAGGAGGACAGCGACAACCUGAACGGUUACCAGGAAGACUCCUCUUUUCACCUCCACAGUGACACAAACUCCGUGCUCGAUGACGGGAUGACGUCCUUUCACCUUCACGAUCUAGAUUUUGCUUCGGAGCCCUUUCUUUUGCACGGCUUAGAGGGAGGAAGCCGUCGGGAGUCGCUGAGGGGCGCCGUCGCGGAUCUGUCCAACCACCUGCAGGAUCUUGACAUCUUAAGUCUGGACAGCAAGCGCCGCCACGGGAGCGGCGGCUCCAACAUGUCCAUGGACUGCGGAGAACAGGACUGGGGCGACGACGAGGACGAAGAUCACCCCAUGAGGUGCGGGCGAAGCAGCAAGACGGGCUCGUACUCGUCCAGCUCGUCCACGCAGCAAUGCUCCUGCUGCGCUCUCUCCCAGAGCUACCCGCAGCACUUCCCCGAGACCUUCUCCGAGGCCUUCUCCGAGUUCCAGCAGGGCUACGGCAGCGACUCCUCCUGCAACAGCUCCGACGGCGUCCUCGUCAACUUCAGCGCCAUCUACAACAAGAUGAACAACAGCAUCCCGGAGAAGCCGUCGGCGCCGCUGCCCGCCAACCUCAACAGCUCCAACGAGCAGUCCUGCACCUCGUCUGUUUCAGAUCUGCCCGGAAACCAGGAUUCAAACGGAGGAGCUUUCUACUUGGACCUGCACAGCUCCCCCAGCGAGCCCCCUCUGCCCCAGCGACAGCCCUCUUGCCUCCCCUCCGCCUUCCCCCUCAUCAGCGAGUCGCACCUGUCCACCUCCUCCACCUGCCCCUGCUCCGUGGAGCACCAGGCCGCCCUGGAGCUCGACGCCAACUGCAACUCCUACCACCCUCCUCACGCCGCGUCCCCCGGCGACGUGGCCUCCUGCCUGCAGAGUCAGGCGCGUCUAGUGGUCGCCACGCAGAACUACUACAAGCUGGUGACCUGCGACCUUUCGUCCCAGUCGUCCCCGAGUCCCGCGGGCUCCUCGGUGCACAGCUGCUCUGACGAGCACAGCAAAGGCACCCCCACCCCGACUCAGCCCAGCGAGUACUUCCUGUUCAGGCAGCGAGCUGAUGACGAGGGACUGGAGGAAGAGGACGAAGAAGAGGGAGAAUCCUCCAGACGAGAUGACGAAGAGGAUGAAGAGGAAGAGGAGGAGAACCAGCAGGCAGCUGCCGGGGCUGAAUCUGCUUCUUCCAUGAUUGAAGGCCAAGUGUACGUCAACGUCUCUCCUCCCACGGCCUCCGGAAGUCGUCCCCGUUCCCGCAGCUACGACCGCAACCUGGACAAGUCGCCCCCCCCACGGCUGGGCUCCCUGGAGCGGAUGCUGAGCUGCCCCGUCCGGCUCAGCGACGGCGCCGCCCCGGCCCAGCCCCCUCCUCCUCGCGUCACCUCCUUCGCGGAGAUUGCUAGAAGCAAGCGCAGAAAUGGGGGCGCGGGGGGGUCGCCGCCUCUGAAAGCAGGCGCCGACCCGUUCUCCUCCAUCCAUUCCAACCACUCGCACUCCUCCGUGGACUUCUCUCCGAUCCCGGAGCAGCGCGUGGAGGCCGACAGCCCGGCCGCGUCGCCGCUGCCCUUCACCAGAUGUUAUAGCCAAGGCAGCAUGGAGCGACAUCUGGAAGCUGGACGAGAGAGUCGGACCAAGGCUGAAGGUGGUCUCUCCACGUCGUCGGACAGCCGGCUGCCGGUGGUCCGCUACAGCAAGGAGCAGCGGCCCACCACCCUCCCCAUCCAGCCCUUCACCUUCCACCACCAGUUCCCGUCCAAACCCCCCCAGCCCAAGCCUCUGCUGCCCCUGCUCACGGGCUACGUCUCCGGGAUGCAGGCUCGGUCCAGUUCCGGCUCCGGGUCCGGGGCUCCGGUGGGCGGUGAAGAUCCGGCCGACCCCCUCGGCGCAGCUGCCGCCCCUCUGGAGUCGGUCCGGCCCUCGCCUCUCGGGAGCUACUCCCCGGUUCGCCACCAGGGGGCCCCCAGCUCGGGGAGCUGCUCCACCUGCACCCCCAGCCCCCAGCCUGCACACAGCCUCUCCUGCCCGCUUUCCUCGGGCCUCGGCCCGCUGCACACCCCAGCAGUAAAACAGGGAGGCGGGCCAACGCCAUUACCCAACACUCCCCCGCCCCCGUCUCUGGGGGUGAAGAGAGGGGUGGUGCCGCCGGCGCUGCCAGCCGUGCAGGGACAGUGUCUCCACCGUGGAGCUCCGCAGGGCUCGCCGGCUCUUCACGGUGACGCUCUGAGCCCACUGGGCUGUCUGGACUCUGGACAACAUGUGGAGGGAGGCAAAGGACCCGCGGCCAGGACACAACACGCACACCACCUCUCUCCUCAGGCUCUCAAGUGGAGGGAGUACCGUCGCCGCAACCCUCUGGGGGUGGAGAGGGUCUCUGGGCCCCCCCCUGCAGGACCGGGUCCCGUCUCUGGGAGCGCCGAGCUCAGACGACCCGCCAGACGAAACGUGUUUGAUUUCCCAGCAGCUCACUCCGGCCCCCGGCUCGGACAGCCCCACGGGGGUCAGUCGGCGAAGCUGCAGCAGAGCUACAACGACUUCCUGCCGGACUACUUCUCCCUCACAGAGAAACCGCCGGAGGAGUUCUGCCUGUCGCCCGACGCGUCCUCAUCAUCCUUCUCCUGCUCCUCGUCACACAUCUCUGUUGAUCUGACGCAGAAAAGAGCUUUGGUGAAAGCCGUCAACACGGCGGUGGAUCUGAUCGUGGCGCACUUCGGCACCAGCAGAGACCCCGAUGUGAAGGCCAAGCUGGGGAACAGCUGGGUGAGUCCCAACGUGGGUCACCUCAUCCUGAAGUACCUGUGUCCCGCCCUGCGUGACGUGCUGCAGGACGGCCUGAAGGCCUACGUGCUGGACCUGAUCAUCGGGCAGCGCCGCUGCCAGCCCUGGAGCCUGGUGGAGGCGUCGACCCAGCUGGGCCCGUCCACGCGCGUCCUCCACAGCUUGUUCUCAAAGGUGAGCCAGUUCUCGGAGCUCACGAGCCACAGCAUGAGACUCAACGCCUUCAUCUUCGGCCUGCUCAACCUGAAAUCGUUGGAGUUCUGGUUCAGUCACCUGCACACACAUGAAGAUAUCGUAGCAGCACACUACAGCCCGUGGGGUGUGCUUGCGCUGUCGCACGGAGCGUGCCAGCCUCUCUUCGAGGAGCUCCUCCUCCUGCUGCAGCCGCUGGCGCUGCUCCCCUUCGACCUGGACCUGCUGUUCGAGCCGCACCUCCUCCAGAAGAGCCGCGAGCACCUGCGGCGCAAGGAGCAGCUGUGCUCGGCCGGUCAGAGCCUCCACCUGUCCAGCCGCUCCACCUUCCAGCUGACGCGUGGCUGGAGCGCCACCGUCAGCGACAUGGUCAGGGACUCGGCCGCCGACGGCAGGAAAGAGCGAGCAGGGCUGCGGCGGGAGGGGACGUGGCCCAGGAUGGACGGGGCCGAGUGUCGGAGGAUGAAGAAGACGGAGGCGACGACCGAGAGCUUGACACCCGGCUCUGCAGCCACUCUCUGGAAGAGCAGGGCGAUGGGUGUAGGGCAGGAAGCUCAGCGCGACGGCGAGGACGGAGGAGAGCGGGACGGGAGGAGGGUGGAGGGACGCCAUCGGCAGGACCGGCAGGCGGGCUGGUGGUACCAGCUGAUGCAGUCCUCCCAGAUCUACAUCGACCAGUCCAGCGAAGGCUCCAAGUUCGUCAAGGUGGAGAAGAGGAGGAGGUCGUCAGAGAGACGUCACAGCCAGCCGCCGCCCGCCAGGGAGGGGGUGGUGGAGGGCGCCGAGUCCAGCCAGGACGGGGACGAGUCGAGGGGUUCCUGGGGGAGGCCGUCCUGGAUGGGCAGCCCCCCCGAGUCGGUUCUCCACCGGGAUAAGGACGCACGCCCUCGGGAGGUUACCGGGGGCAACGCCCCCACGGUGGCCCCCACGGCGGCCCCCACGGCGGCCCCCACGGCGGCCCCCGAGCAGAGCCCCUCGCAGGGACAGGGUCUGCGCUGGAGCAGGCUCUUUGGUUCCAGUGCCGGUUCUCCUUUGAGAGGAGACGCAGCCGAGCUGAAGGCCAGAUCCCAGAAGACCCGGCCGCCGUCAGGCUGGCUCGGCCUGGACAGGUCUGUCCUGGACCUCGUCGCUCUGACGAUGGGAGGCAGUGGGAGGAAGGUGGAGUCUCCUUCCACACCCACUCACGCCCAAACCGCCACCGCCGCCGCCAGCGUGGCACCCGCACAACAGACUCCCUGUGAGGUCCGAGCCUUGUGCCACCACAUCGCCACCGAGCCCGGCCAGCUGAGCUUCAACAAGGGCGACGUGCUGCGGGUUCUGAGCAGGGCCGACCCGGACUGGCUGCUGUGCUCCCUGGGCUCCGCCCACGGCCUCGUCCCCAUCAUCUACGUCACCCUCAGCAGCACGGAGGACAGCCGGGACGCCGCCGGACCCGAGCAGCUGUGAGCGACAAUCCCCCGAGAGAGCAAACCGACCCAGAGGACCGCCACACGUGUAGAACUCGGACAAACUCACACCUGCUUCACGGGUUCAGACAAGUGUGCAUGCAAACACCCAAAAAACCAGAACACCAGUCAAGAACAAACCCAAAGACUGUCAAACACGCUUCUCUCUCUUGGAACUCCCAACCGGCUCAAACAUGUGACCGUCCACCCGGUGCCUCAGAUCCCCAUCAUGAACUAGACCACACCUGGCCGCACCUCGCUGUACCAUUGCUAUGUUAAACUAGCUGUCCCGCCGCUUAUGUAGAGCUAACCAGCCUCUCUGUUCUGCUCUUUGGUUCUCCGGUAACAGACGUGUGAUUCAAAACUUUAUUCUUAGUAGCAGAGAACAGAAACAGGGAGGAGCCUGUUUACGUCUACAUCCUCACGCGCUUUUAUUCCCCCCUCACUCCGCCCGUCUCCGCUGGGAUGAAACCUCGUGUGGUUGUUUCACGUCGUACCCACCAGGGGGCGGUAACGAGUCGAGUCGCGUGACUGGACUCACAACCAACAAUCUUUUCAACUUGUCUCUUUUCUUUGUUUCUUCGUUGUUUCGUGACUCAUUUCUUAAUUCCGGCGGUGUUGCCCCGUUUCGUUCGUACUCGAACCUCCGAGAUGAAGCGCAACAAGACGGACAAAACCAUCCUUGUUGCGGAAACGAAAACGCCUUUAAUCCAUACCUGUCAAGUUUUGGAUUUAAAAAUACGGGAAAUUUUCCGCCACCCGCUGUCCCACCAGCACAACCAAUGUUACAUUUUAAGACAGAAAUCUAAAAUAACUACCUGUCAAUCACUUACAAACUACAAUUAUGUGCUCAGAAUCUCAUAGUUCUACCUUUGUUGACACUGAAAUGCUGUGAACAUUCUCAAGUAAUUCCUAUAAUAGAGCCAAAAUGAAAACAUAAAAAGGGAAUUAAAGCACAUUUAUUUAUUUUAAAUAUUUUCAGUUUAUAUACACAUUGAUUGUCUUCAAGUGGAACAUUUACAUUUUCUUUUCGUCAUUUUCACUCAUGUGGCUCUCAAGCGCCGUGAGACACUAACAUCGAAGUUACACAACUUUCAGAACAGGUAACUGAGCCCGAUCCUGCUGCUCUUUAGGAAAGUAAAUUUGGUUUCCCAUUUCUAGAGAUAUUUACACCAAGUCUUCGCUUUUUAGCAGAAAUGUCUUCUCUCUCGUUACAUCCAUCCAUCUCUGAUUUGUUGUUCUGAGUUUGUUCCCGUUGUCGCCACUAACCUCGCGAGAGCGGCCACCCAGGCUGCAGCAAGCAGCAGUUCUCGUGAGACUAGUGACAAUUCAGUUUGCUGUUUAAAAACGAUUAUAUUAAAAAACGGGAAGUUUACGGGAAAAUACUAAUAUAGGAGGACGGUGGGAAAGGGGAGUAAAAUACGUUAGUUUCCAGCCAAAACGGGAGACUUGACAGGUAUGCUUUAAUCUCCUCGGCCACGGCGGACGCCGAAGCCCUGCUAGUGUCGUUAUGGGAUACGCUGCGGGACGGACGUCCGGUGUUCGGAUCGAACGGCAGGUCCUAAGGCAAACCAAGUAGUUGUCGACAUGGACAUGAAGCUGAACCCGGUAUUUAAAGGAACGUUCCUGCGUUGAAACGGCCUCAGUUCAGCUGGCAGACCUCGGGUUUGUCCUCCAGCAGCGGCCCGCCGUCGUUUCAAGAAACUAUUUUAAUCCUCCGAUGAGACUCAGGAACGUCGGUCCUCCUGAGCGACGAGGGUUCCCGGCCUCUGCCUCCGACAGCUGUCAGCAACGUAGAAGUGGAAGCAGAGGUCAUGAACGCCACACCGGUACGCGACUUGUUCGGACUUCACACGUGGCGGCAUGGACCGGGCCUGUAGAACAAGUUGUUUUUAUAGCUUUCUGCACACGUGCGAAGUUAAACACUUAAUGACGUGUUUGAGCACUUUUCAGAACUUUGAAAUAUUUAUUUCGAUUAACUUCUGCUUCAACAUUAAGUGCCAUUUUUCCUGCGAACAAAUACUCGGUUGAAUUUACAUCCUUUUACUCUCUAAAUAAUGGACCUCGGGUUGAUUUAACGCCAGAGGGUUCCUCCGAUGUGACGGAAAACGCGACCUUUCUGACCUCCCGUCCCUCUCCGCUGUGCUUCAGCUCUCUCUUCGUGCAGAAGAAGAUGGUACGGCAGGGUCGUAACCAUGGCAACAGUUAACCCUGCCACGAUUGACAGUCCUCCCGAUGAUACCUGUUUUUACAUCCUUGUUGCCACGUUCUGCUUAAAGAGCAUGUAACCCUGCAACAGUAGCCCCCCCCCCCCCCCCCCCCAGUCGUCCCCCGGUCUCUCCUGCAUCGGCGGUUCAUGAGGACGUCUGGACCAGAAACAGCUGAACAGCCUGACUUGUGCAUGUGUAUCUGAUUUCUCUGUGAAUCCUGUCAAUACAACUUCACACUGCAGUUCUAUUUAUUCAUCGACCUUCAUGUAUGCGAGGGAACGUCCCCGCGAACAGGAACCUGGACUUCUCCAGGACUCCUCCAGGAGCUGGAAUGAUGCCUCGGUGUGGAUCAGAACCGCUGCGGACUGGUUUGGUGUUUUCUACCCAAGAACAGGUUGAAAUGUCUCGUUUAUGCCUUAAAGCUCUCGAGGGGAAGAAAGAGGCCGUUCAUGCCGAGUCUGACGUUAGAAUCUAUUUUGUAUAUCCUUUUGUGUCGUUUGUUUUUUUCCCAGAUUUGUUUGAAUUUUAACAAAAAGUUGCAAAGAGAUGUAUGAAGAUAUUUUUGGACAUUUAAAGGGAACCCCCUCCCCCACACCUUGAAAGCAUUCGUUGCCCCCCACACGUGUAAAGAUGUGGCCUUCGCUUGGAAGAAGAACUAAAGUGAGAGCUGACAACAGCAAACAUGAACCAACGUUACGUAUAAUUUGACCGUUUAAGUUGUUCAGUUGUAUUAUUGUACAGUUUUUAUUUUAACCCCUGACUUCAUCGUCCUUGAAUUGUACAUAUAUUUAAGUCCUCCGGUGGUCAGUUUUUGCCAUAGAGCGCUACUGUACGUAUGUAUGAAUGUUAUUAAUAAUUUAAUACAGGAGGAGAGUAUAAACUUUAGUUCUGCUGCUAACAAGCGUCCGAGUUUGACAAGUUGGCGUGAGGGUGUAAGGUGCAUCCAGCUCAAAAACCCACAAUAACCAGAGACGCGGGAGGAUGCUGACGGAGGCCAGAGGAGAGUCUCUUGUUGAGCUGAAACGUUGCACAUUGAAGUGCUGCACCUGUAGAUGUUGAAGAGAGAAGAAAAGGAAGGUGUUCUGUUCUCUCUCUCUCUCUCUGUAAAUACUUUCAGCAUCGGUAACACGUUUCCUCUCACCGUCUCCAGGCUAUACGAUGUGUGCGUACGACAUUAUCAAACUACUAUGGAUAUUAAAUAACAAAGUGCUCAUGUG